ACAAACAAGGCCAAAAAUUGCACACCCCACCAUUUUCAUGAUUUUGAGAUCUUAUCAUCAUCAUCAUCAUCAAGCAUCAACCAUAUUUUCCAGAAUAUUACCACAACAACCAACCUACUACUCUUCCAAAUCCUCACAAAUCUCUUAACUUCUACAAUAUAUUCAAAAAUCUGUUAAAAACACAACACUGGUUUCCGAGGGCCGGAGAAUGGAGACGAAAUUAACUACCCCAUAUGCUCUUCACCUACCCUCCGACACCAGGCCGGCUAACCGGAAAAACAAGCCGGAACAGAAAGAAGAAAGCGGUAUGUCGUCGUCGUCGUCGUCGUCGUCGUCUCUGAAUCUGCGUAACCUGUCGAAGGUGAUCCUUCCGCCAUUAGGUGUUUCUGCUUCUAAUCAAAAUCAAAUAGAGUCAAAAGGGUGGAUCAUAUCACCCAUGGACUCCAGAUAUAGGUGGUGGGAGACAUUUAUGGUGGUUUUGGUAGCAUACUCUGCAUGGGUUUACCCGUUUGAGGUUGCAUUUCUGAAUUCAUCUCCAAAGACAAAACUAUGGAUUGCAGACAACGUUGUUGAUGUGUUUUUUGGAAUCGACAUCUUCUUGACAUUUUUGGUUGCAUAUAUUGAUCCAAUAACUCUACUUCUGGUUCGUGACUCUAGAAAGAUUGCCUUCAGGUACCUGUCAACAUGGUUCAUUAUGGAUGUGGCAUCAACAAUCCCAUUUGAAGCUCUAGGAUACCUCUUCAAAGGCAAACGGGAAACGGGCCUCACUUACUCCCUCUUGGGCCUGCUCAGAUUCUGGAGGGUUCGACGAGUCAAGCAACUCUUCACCAGGCUUGAGAAGGAUAUCAGGUUCAGCUAUUUCUGUGUAAGGUGUGCUAGGCUAUUAGCUGUGACGACGUUUACGGUGCAUUGUGCCGGGUGCCUGUACUACUUGCUAGCAGACCGGAACCCACACCAAGGAAAGACAUGGAUUGGAGCUGUGAUCCCUAAUUUUAGAGAAACAAGCCUUUGGGUACGAUACGUUUCAGCCAUGUAUUGGUCCAUGACUACCAUGACCACAGUUGGCUAUGGAGAUCUCCAUGCAGUGAACACCACGGAAAUGAUCUUCAUCAUUUUCUUCAUGCUUUUCAACCUUGGCCUAACGGCUUACUUGAUCGGCAACAUGACCAAUUUAGUCGUUGAAGGAACUCGCCGUACUAUGGAAUUUAGAAAUAGCAUUGAAGCAGCGUCAAAUUUUGUAUGCCGAAAUAGGCUGCCUCCAAGGUUGAAACAACAAAUACUGGCAUACAUGUGCUUGAGGUUUAAGGCUGAGAGCCUGAACCAGAACCAACUGAUUGAACAACUGCCAAAGUCCAUCUGCAAGAGCAUUUGCCAGCAUUUGUUUUUGCCUACCGUCAAGAAUGUCUAUCUUUUCAAGGGCUUUUCUGCAGAAGUUCUAUUAAUCUUGGUUGCCAAGAUGAAGGCAGAGUACAUACCACCAAGAGAGGAUGUUAUAAUGCAAAAUGAAGCAGCCGAUGAUGUUUACAUCAUUGUCUCUGGUGAAGUUGAAAUCAUUGAUUGUGAGGUGGAGAAAGAACAAGUUGUGGGAACUUUGCAAUCUCUCGACAUUUUUGGAGAAGUUGGUGCACUUUGUUGUAGGCCUCAUGGCUUCACAUAUCGAACCAAAACUCUUUCACAGCUCUUGAGGCUCAAAACCACCUCUCUAAUGGAAUCAACUCAGACCCAUCUUCAAGACUAUGAGAAAAUGCUCAAAAACUUCCUUCAGCAUCACAAAAAGCUAAAGGAUCUGCAUAUUGGAGAUUUGAUGGUGGAGAAUGGGGAAGAUGAAGAGAGGGAUCCAAACAUAGCUUCGAAUGGGGAAGAUGAAGAGAGGGAUCCAAACAUAGCUUCCAACUUGCUGAAUGCUGCUGCUACAGGAAAUGCUGCUUUUCUGGAUGAGCUUCUCAAGGCCAAAUUGGAUCCUGAUAUUGGAGAUUCCAAAGGAAGAACCCCAUUGCACAUAGCAGCAUCAAAAGGGCAUGAAGAGUGUGUUUCGGUACUGCUUAAGCAUGGAUGUAAUGUACACUUACGAGACAUGAAUCGCGACACUGCAUUAUGGAAUAGUAUAUCAUCAAAACACCAUUCCAUAUUCCGGAUCCUCUACAACGCCACCGCCCAAUGCGAUUCACACACCGCCGGCGAUCUUCUCUGCACCGCAGCAGAAAGAGAUGACACAACCGCGAUGAAGGAAUUACUGAAACAAGGACUAGAUGUUGACUCCAAAGAUCGCAAUGGAUUAACGGCAAUCCAGAUUGCCAUGGCCAAAAACAACGUGGAGAUGGUGAAUCUUCUUGUGGGGAACGGUGCAGAUGUUUCGAAUGCAAAAACACACGAGUUUCCUACGGCAACUUUGAAUGAAAUCCUGCAAAGGAGAGAGGUUGGUCACCGGAUUACAGUCCCCGAUGCCGGAAUAAAUGGAGUGGUUUUGGCAAGGCAUGAA